CAGCGCGCGCGCAUUCACGCACACUUCUGCGUGGCGGUGGUCGUCGCUUUUGUUAUUUUUUCAAUCCCUGCCAGCCACUUGCUGCCUUGGCUUGUUCACUGACUUUUUACAAGUGUAUAACUUUUGUUUUACAAUAUUUGACUCGAAUUACUUCGUAAACGGUGUCUCAAUGCUGUGAAAAUAUAUAAAUUUACUAGUUACAUCAAGUGAAAUCUGUCAAGUAAAGUCCAGAUGUUAGAAGAGCAAACGGCAACAACCUCGUUUUGUGUCAACAAAAUAUAAACAGUGAUCCGGACGAGUUAUACGAAACAAAAAGCGUAUAGUGAUGAAUUAAACAAUGGUCUAAACUGGAUAUCGGAGAAUGGGCUUCAUUCACUCGCGCCACUGGAUUAUUGGAACUUGAAUUUUGUUGCGACUUCACCCACAUAACGUUUAUGUUUAACCGCCAGCCAUGAUGGGGCCCAGACUGUACAAAGUCGCUGCUUUAAUACUACUCGGAACUUUGAGCAAGGGUCAACUGCCCGAAGAUGACUUCAGGAUAGUCAACAGACAAGAUCUCCUGGCGUCCGACAGCGAUAUGUUCCAAGAUAACAGCACUAAGUCAUUUUCACAACUGCUGUUCGAUGUGGCAAGGGACCAGCUGAUCGUGGGCGCAAGGGAUACGCUAUACCGGCUCUCGUUGCGCGGUCUCCGUCCUUUAGAGCGCGCUGAUUGGCCCGCGCCCGCCAACAAGUCCCACCUGUGCCAAGACAAGGGCCAGACGGAGGACGAUUGCCACAACUACGUCAAAGUGCUGCUCAGCUACGGCCACAAGCUGUUCGCGUGUGGAACUAAUGCGUUCAGCCCUGAGUGCAGCUGGAGAGAGAUCGAGUCAAUAAACACGGUGACAGAAUGGGUGUCCGGCGUGGCGAACUGUCCGUACAACCCACACUCCAACGUGACUACCAUCCUAUCCAGCAGCGGCGAAUUCUAUGCGGCCACUCCUACCGACUUCGCCAGUUCACAGACUUCCAUUUACAGGACGCGCGGCGCCUCGGCCCACAACUCGGGCACGCUCCGCACCCGGGAGUACGACCUGACGUGGCUCAACCAGCCCGAGUUCGUCGGCAGCUUCGAGGACGACUUCUACGUCUACUUCGUGUUCAGAGAGUACGCUGUGGAGUUCAUGAACUGUGGCAAGGCCGUAUAUUCCCGCAUCGCCCGAGUAUGCAAGAACGACAGCGGCAGUCAGCUCCGACGCGACAACUGGAGCACGUUCCUCAAGGCGCGCCUCGCGUGCCCCGUGCCCGGCGACGUGCCCUUCCACUACGACGAGGUGCAGGGCGUCGAGUACCUCCCCCAGGAGAAGCUGCUCGUGGCCACAUUCACCACGCCCAGAAACGGUAUAGCCGGCAGUGCUGUAUGCAUAUACAACAUGUCAGACAUUGAUGCUGCAUUUGAAGGCCCAUUCAAGGUUCAAAACACCCCGACAUCUUCCUGGGAACACAGGUCGCCUUCUACUUGGGCAAGGGAGCACUACAGAUGCGUACAGAACCCAAGAAAUCAACAAAGCCUGGAAUACCACAACUACAUGCUAAUGCACUAUCCCAUCCAACCCAUAUCGGACGAGCCCGUGUACCGCGUCACCUCCGACCGCUUCACCCACGUGACUGUCGACAUCGCCCAAUCCAAGAACGUGGGCAAACAGUUGGUGUUGUUCGUGGCGACUCAGGACAGUGAUGUGUUGAAGUUAGCCGUGUUGCCGCGGUAUGAUGGAGCGUGCCUGGUCGAGAGGUGGAGGUUGCGGGACGGGCAGGGGUUCGCGGUGCUGGCUAUGCAGUUUGUUAAGGAUACUAUGUCGCUAUACAUCGGCAACGACAACGGGGUCCUGCGCAUCGGCAGCGAGCGCUGUUCGCGUCACGCCCGUCGCUCGGGCUGCGUGGGCGCGGCCGACCCGCAUUGCGGGUGGGACGACGCUCGAGACACGUGUGUGCGGACGACUACACACCUACAUGACGCGUACUUCGUGCAAAACACCGCUAGCUGCCCAGAGAAAACAGCGCCAGUGGACGGCGGUUGGUCGUCGUGGUCGCAAUGGGAGCCUUGCAUGCAGGACGGAACGUCGCACUCGGUGUAUGGGGACGAGAAACCCGACAUGUGCAUGUGUCGCACGAGAAAAUGCGACAACCCCAAACCGGUGAACGGCGGGCGGACGUGUGAAGGUGCAAGCAUAUCCGUAACGAAUUGCACGGUGCACGGCGGCUGGUCGGCGUGGUCGGGCUGGUCGGAGUGCUCGGCCUCGUGCGGCAUCGCCGUCAAGUCGCGCCGCCGCGCCUGCACCGCGCCCGAGCCCAAGCAUGGCGGCCGCGUGUGCGUCGGGCAGGACACCAACGACCUCUACUGCAACAACCUGCCGCCCUGUCCCGAUCCAGCGCUAGCCCCCGUAGACGGCGGUUGGUCAGCCUGGGGUCCCUGGUCGGCUUGCACAGCCGCCGGCGGGCCGGGCUGCGGGCCUUCAGCCGGCUGGAAGGAGCGCAAGCGCACCUGCUCCAACCCCGAGCCCAAGUACGGCGGCGCCGACUGCGACGGCGGCAAGGCGGACCGCCAGCUCUGCGACAUGCGCCCCUGCGAGAUCAGGAAGGGCACGGCCUGGACGCCCUGGGUGCAGAUACCGGGUAACGCUUCGGAUGGGAGCUACACGGAAAAGAGAUUCAAAUUCUCGUGUAAGGCGCCGUCUCCGGAACAGGUGAAAUUGACGCUGGCCCGCGAGGAAGAGCGCUACUGCGACCCGCGGGGGUCGUGCGUGUCGGCGGACGACGCGGGCUGGGAGCCCUGGAGCGCUUGGGGCUCGUGCUCGGCGCCGUGCGGCGGCGGCCAGCAGGCGCGGCGCCGGCGCUGUCGCCGCCCGCCCUGCGCAGGCGCGCCCGACAUGCUGCGGGCCUGUAACGUUCACGCCUGUUCCGGUGAAUGGUCGUGCUGGUCGGAGUGGAGCCCGUGCACUAGCGGCGACGGCAGCUCGGGCUGCGGCUCGGCCGGGCGGCGCUCGCGCACGCGCACGUGCCGCUCGCGCGAGGGCUGCGCCGACGCGGGCGCCGCGCUCGAGACCCGCGUCUGCGUGCUGCCGUGCGCAGAAUCGGAAGGCAAUUGGAGCGCUUGGGGCGAAUGGAGCGAGUGCGAGAAUAACGAACGGACGCGGCGCCGCAGCUGCGACAGUGGCGCCUGCGCCGGCGCCGUGCUGCAGGUGGCGCUCUGCGACAACGACGACAUGAGCAAUGAACUAUACGCGUUGCCCGCGUACAGCGACAGCGUCGAGAUGGCCUCGUUCGUGAGGGCGGGAGACUCGCUCAGCGUAGGAGGCAUUGUGGGCUGCGUUGUAGCCGCCUUCGUUAUGGGCUGCCUAGUUUGCUUGGCGGGCGUGAUAUACAUCCAAAGACGAGGUACCCGCUUACCGUGGCGACGGUCAACUCGUGUUCCUUCAAGCCCACAUUAUAUUACGGCCAAGCAGAACAGCUAUGUCACAGUACCGCUGAAGGAUGUUCCACGCAAAGCAAAGCGCCAGCCAUCAUUCACGGGCAUCGGCAACCCGAGCGGCAUCCUGCUCUCCAAAAGCAACAACAUCUCCAACGCCAACAACCACAACACCGCGACCACGCCCAAGCUCUACCCCAAGGCCAUCGCCAAUGAAUACGACUCCAUGGGGACGCUGCGGAGGAAUUCCAACCAGCCCAAUAAUAGGAACAACCUUGAAGGUGAGGACAAGUUUUAUUAGCUCAUAGGCUUAACUCGCGGGUCUACCCGCUUAGGUU